UGGGAUCUGUGAAUGUGUGUUAUCAAAGAUCAUUUGGGACUGGGCUGCACGCUGGAGAGACCAAGCUUCCCUCUAAAGCAGAGAAUAUGCCAGCUGUUGGGGAUACAGGACAGACCAGACAUUUUACUCAUGGGGCCUACCUUCGAUUGAGGAGAGACAGAUAAUGAAAAAAGUCAAUGAAAACAUUGGUGAGAUUGUUAAAAGACAUAAUUGGUGAAGCCUGAAUCGUUCACUCUCCUCCUGCAACUGAUGGAAACGUUUGAAACAUUCUGUCUCUGGUAGAACUUGAACUGGUUGCAAGCAAUUUAAGAUGGUACGUGAACAGUACAAUACAGCCACAGAAGGCACCCACAUAGAGCGGCCAGAGAACCAGUAUGUCUACAAAAUUGGCAUUUAUGGCUGGAGAAAGCGUUGCCUCUACUUAUUUGUUCUUCUUUUACUCAUCAUCCUUCUUGUGAAUUUUGCUCUUGCAAUUUGGAUUCUUAAAGUGAUGUGGUUUUCCCCAACAGGAAUGGGUCACUUGCGUGUUACAAAAGAUGGGCUUCGCCUGGAAGGGGAAUCAGAAUUUUUAUUUCCUUUGUAUGCCAAAGAAAUACACUCCAGAGUGGACUCAUCUCUGCUUCUACAUUCUACUCAGAAUGUGACUGUAAAUGCACAGAACGCUGAAGGGGAGGUCACUGGAAGAUUAAAAGUGGGUCCCAAAAUGGUAGAAGUCCAGAGUCAACAGUUUCAGAUCAGUUCCAAAGAAGGCAAAUCACUGUUUACUGUUGAUGAAAGCAAAGUUGUGGUUGGUACAGACAGACUUCGAGUAACUGGGCCUGAAGGAGCUCUUUUUGAACAUUCAGUGGAAACACCCCUCAUAAGAGCCGACCCAUUUCAGGAGCUGAGAUUAGAAUCUCCCACACGAAGUCUAAGCAUGGAUGCCCCAAAGGGUGUUCAUAUGCAAGCUCAUGCUGGGAAAAUCAAGGCCCUUUCUCAAAUGGACAUCAUUUUUCAUAGUAAUGAUGGAAUGCUUGUGCUUGAUUCUGAAACUGUAUGUUUACCCAAGUUGGUUCAUGGGACUUGGGGUCCUGUUGGCAGCUCACAAAGACUCUAUGAAAUUUGUGUGUGCCCAGAUGGGAAGCUUUACCUGUCUGUGGCUGGCACAAGUACCACAUGCCACGAAAACAGUCACAUCUGUUCCUAAACUACCCAUAUCUUCCAUGGAGAAUCUGCCUUGUUUCAGUGAACUUUAGAGACUUCAAGCCUUCACUCUUAGAGCAACUUGACACCCUGGAAAACUGAGGUGGUGGAUGGAAGUAGGACAAAAGAAAACUGUGCCAAUGAAAGGGUUCAGAUGAAUGGUGUGUGGGUGGUAGAUGCAAAAGCCAAAGAAGUAACAAAAGAAAGUUUAUUCUACUAGAUUGAUUUCAUCAGAACCUUGUGAAUUUUCUUUUCCUUUCUUGUACAUGUCAAUCUACAAUGAAAUAGUGAAUUGCUGUGUGGAAUUAAUUUAUGAUGUUCAAUUGUGGCUAACUCCCCCUAAAAGUAGCAUUAGUCAAUACUAAGAUGACCCAAAGUUCUAUGAUGUGUUUUCAUUUUAUCAUUCAAACCUGUGAGUUCUCUAUUCAUUUUAAUGCGAAGUAUGUCAAGUUUCACAAGAAAAUGUUCAUAUUUUAAAUGGACUUUAAGGUUGAUCUGUAGUCAAAGGAAUAAAUAUACAAAAUUAA